AUGCUAUCGAGCGGACUCCGGUGGCCAAGCCAACGCAAAGGCGGCAAAAAAAGAAAGGCUGCAUCUGUUGUCAGUGCGCAGAGGCACCAAAACUUGUUUCUCACUCAAGGUCAAGGAACUCUGGGAGCGAUCGAGAUUAUAGAUCUGCGCUGCAUCUUAGGCUCAGCUGGUUGCAUCUAUCGGAGGGUGGGUCGAGAGGAGCCUCGCGAGUAUAUCUUUGACCGAUUGGAGGACGAAGCUCUGCCCAAUUUCUUGAACUUGUAA